ACCGUUAUUGCCCAUCAUGGUGAGGUGCAUUCUCUCGUCUGCUCCCCAAACAGCAACUGGAUUGCAACCGGCGCUGACGACUCGACCAUCAUCCUUUGGGACUCAGAUGGGCACCUUGUCCAGGAAUGGGUGGCUCACGCUGGAUCGGUGCUGUCACUCGCGUUCUCUCCCGACGGCCAAUACCUUGCGUCCGCAGGCCAGGACAAGAAGGUUGCAGUCUGGGACAUCAGCCAAAGCCCACGGAAGAUCGCGACGCUCGAAGGACACGCAUAUACAGUCGAGAGCUGUGCGUGGUCGCCUGAUGGCACUGUGAUUGCAUCGGGCUCUUACGACACUACUAUACGGCUCUGGGACGCGCGGACAUUCCGGCUACUCAUUGUGCUGAAGUCGCCCAACAGCGAUGACGUCUUCGAUGUCCGCUUCUCUCCUGAUGGACGAUGGCUCGUCUCUCAGGGUAUGCUCGUUUGCACCCUAUGGGACCUCAUGUCGGGCGCGCCGCCCAAGGUCCUUCAUUCGGAUGGACACAUAUACCUCGACGCCUUUGCAUUCGAUCCCGAGAGCAAACGCAUCGCCGCUGGGUCCGACAACGGUGGGAUCGGGAUCUGGGAUCUGUUGACAGGAGAGCUCCUCUCUGUUGUGGAGCAGCACACAAGUCAGGUCUCAAACGUCGCAUUCUCGCCGGAUGGGAAGCUGUUACUGUCCACGUCGUGGGACAAUCCCUUGAUACUUUGGGAUGCGUCCACCCAUGCCAUAAUUCUGUCUCUCGAGGGACACGCGGGUCGAACCGACACAGCCUGCUUCUCUCCGUGCGGGAAAUACGUCGCGGCGGAGUACUCUGACGAGGCUGUACGUCUCUGGCGGACGGACGAUGGGUCGUGCGUGACGACACUCUACGAGCACCCGAGUGGGGCCAGAGUCUUACGCGUGGGGUUCUCUCCGGAUGGAAAGACGCUAUCCUCGGGAGCGAGUGAUGGGACUACUGUCCGUCUGUGGCGACCGGAUGAUGAGUCGUGCGGGGCGUCACUCUCCGAGCACCCGAGUGGGGCCAGAGUCUUACGCGUGGGGUUCUCUCCGGAUGCAAGGAUGCUAUCCUUGGAGCGAGUGAUGGGACUGUCUCCGUUAGACGUAUGA